AUGCCAAAGCUGGCAGUCGCUGUCUCAAAGGCUGGAGGUCUGGGAUUUAUUGCUGCGGGUUAUAGCAGCGACAAACUCGAAGACCUACUGGAAGAAGCCGAGAAGCUACUGCUCCAGGAAAGCAUGCCGGAAAUGAAAAUGAAGACUGAGACCGAGACCGAGGGCCCCAAAUUACUGCCUAUUGGCGUCGGGUUUAUAACGUGGAGUGCAUCCCUGGAAAAGGCGCUCGCCUCUUUCUCCAGAUACUGUCCGGCUGCAUUUUGGUUAUUUGCCCCUGCCAGGGGAUUCAAAGACCUCAUUCCGUGGGCCGAGCAGAUAAGAAAGGUCACCGUAGAUAGGACCAGGAUCUGGUUUCAAGUCGGCUGUGUGGCGCAUGCGGUUGAGGCUGUCGGUGCUAUUGAUCCUGAUGUCAUUGUUGUUCAGGGGAUUGAUGCCGGUGGGCAUGCUCGAGCACAGGGGGGCUAUGACAAGCUUCGAGAAUUGCGACCAGCUUCUGCGAAACAGGUCGGUCUGGUUGCUGCCGGGGGUAUCAGUGAUAGUCGAGGCGUACUUGCUGCCAUGGCACUUGGCGCGCAGGGCUGCGUUCUAGGAACACGCUUUCUUGCGAGUUGUGAGUGUGUUGUUGCGGAUGGAUAUCAGAAAGCAAUUCUAGAUGCUUCAGAUGGCGGUAUGAGCACGGUUCGGACGACGAUCUAUGACAAAGUUCGUGAUAUCCAUGGUUGGCCACACGGUUACGAUGGUCGUGGUCUGAUUAACAAGACUUAUGUUGACCAUAUGGCUGGUCUCGGUGAGAUUAAAAAUGGAAAACUUUAUCGCGAUGAACUUGAUAGGGGGGAUGGUGGCUACGGGACUGAUGGGAGACUAACCACAUAUGCUGGCACUGGUGUUGGACUUAUCAAGAAGGUUACUCCCGCAGGCGACAUUGUCAAGUCAUUACACGAAGAGGUUAGUGCCACGCUGUACGGGGGAGGCAACCUGUCUAGGCUUUGA